AUGAAGUUGGAGAAAAGUGAAAUUUGCAGUCGAGUCCUGGCCAGGCUGCUCGUGCAUCUCAAGGCUGACGGGUUCACCUGCUGCAGGCCGACCGCCGUCAGAUGUGCAGAACAGACGCUGAACCUGCUUCAACAAUGCACACACUGUGACGGUGGAACAUGGAGCCCUCAGAACCCGCCGGCCCCCUUGGUGUUCCAGCAGACACGGCGCAGCGUGCGUGAGCGCCGAGAUGGUGGCGGCCGCUGUCUGUGCUCGAAGCCCGAGACCGCCCACUCUGGAGUGGGCUGGACAGCUUCGGGGAUCUCGCCCCACUCGAAGGCUCCAAGACGGCCAGGACCCGGAUGGCGGAGCACGAGCAGCAGCGGGCGUGCGCACAGCCAGGACGGGCAUUCCCCACGUAUACAGGCCAACACAGUCACGGCUCAACAAUGCCAGCUGUCUGAGACACGCGGGAGGACGCCGAGUCGUGCCACCCUAACGUCACGCCUUCUGAGGAAGCCCCGUGCCGCCGCCACAAAACGUCCGUGCGCGGCCCACCCCCCACGGGAGUCCCUUCCCUGCGGUCACGCGGCUCCCGGCCGACAGCACGGACGCGGCUGCAGAGCCAGAGCACAGAAUGCGGCAGACCCCGGGGACGCCACGAGCACGCUGACACGCGAGACCUGCAGCCAAGCAGGCCGUGGCGCUGGCGCCACGUCCCAGGGCGGCACAGGGCGCGAGAGCGGGCACAGGCGGCGCGCCCGCCUGGAACCAGAGCAGCGGCCGUGGGCACCGCCCGCUCACCGACACGCGUGUGCAGCGAGAGCCCCCAUCACCCGCGGCGAGACGGCGAGGCUGCAAGCACCGUGACGCUCUCAGACCCACAGGAAGGGCCGAUCCUGCGCAGACCCUCGCCGUGCCAUGCCGGGAGGCCGCGGAAAGAGAGGCGCCGUCUCCACGGCGGGAGUGUGCGCCCUGGCCUGCUGGCGCGCAGCAGCGGGCUCCCCUGAGGAGGGGCCGUGCAGGGCAGCCCCGGCGUCCCCCCGUCUGGCCUCUGUCCAGGGAACACGAGGCCAACAAAACAGAAAGCGGACCUGUCGCCGGCGUUCACAGCGAGCGCACGUCUAGGCAGGGGCGCACGGUUGGAGAGAAGCGCGGGUAGGGACUACAGGGCGUGAGAGCAACAACGGUGGCGCACAUGGACGCUGCAGCUGCCUGAAGGGAAAGAAGCUAGAGCAGAAGCCAGCCACAUGCGCCAACGCCGGGAGCGUGCGGAGCUCGGGAGGCAGGGGGAGCGGCGAGAAAGCAACAGGAGGGGUCACCUUCGGAGGGUGCGCGGAGGGCAGGAAUGAGUAGCCCAUGGACAAUCAAAGUGACUCUCCACUUCCUUCACCCAAGCCUGCGGUGGCCCUCCCAGAAGGCGUUCCGGGCGGCGGCCCCGGCCACGGGCUCGGUCUGGGAAUGGGAGACACGGGUGAGAGCCCCGGGAGGGGACGCGUGGGCACGUGGAACAGGAGGACCUGUGUUGCGCCCAGGCGCCUCGUUUUCUUGCCGCACGUGCUCUCUCCCUCAGAACCUGCACGGCCCUUGCCACAGCCGAGCCACAGCGUCCUCAUCAGCUCACACUCGACCUCAGGGCCUCUGCGCGUGCUCUGGCCCUCAAGACGCUACGUGCACAUCCUCUCCCGCUCUAAGGCUGCUGCUUCCUCAUGACCCUCGUUUCCCCUGCCACGCAGACCUCGGACGUUCCCGUGGCGCGCGCACGCUGUGCAGUCAGCCCCCGAGCCCGCUCAGCGCAGCGGGGACAGCAGGGCCGAGUAGGGGCGAGGAGACAAGGAGGCCGUGUGAAAACACAGCCGCGGCAGGCAGGACGCCGCGGCACACACACAUGACACACGGUGAACACAAGCCCGUGCCACUGAGAUCUUCCUGCUCGUGUCAUCUGCUCUGCUUCACAAAUGCUUUCCUGGUGCUGGGACACUAGACUUGCACCUCCUUCUAGAGGUCAACCUUCUAGACAUGAUACCGUGGACCUGCUGUUGCCCAUUCCUGUCCCCCCAAGCGACAGGGGCUCUUGGACGCCUAGAAGCAACAAAACCCCCAGGCAGUCCAUCCCAUCUGCCAAGCGAGGCAGGAACUGACACAUCACGAAGCCCCUCCUGGAGAGCAGAGCCGCCACACACACAGGCGCCAGGGAGGCGAACACCAGGGCAGUCGGCGCGCAGGACGACACAGCCACCUUCCGUGUCCAUGGCUUCAUGCGUCUGGAGUGGCAGAGGGAAUUUCGAAAAAAGCCCAAGAGCCUGUUCACAGGAAACUCAUUGCACCAGUAAAGACAAGAACAGCCCUACAGGUGGAAGACAUUCACACAUGCAGAUGGCCACAAAAGGCAGGCAGAGCUGCGUUCACAGCACACAGACAGGCAGACAGGUGUCAGGGUCUGCGAGGAACUAUGAAUACAGCGGUCGCGAACCCCCACCCACCGAGGGAGCACACGACAGUGCCUCCUUGGCUCCGUCGCUGCUUGUCUCGCACACGCUGCUGCCGGGGCCUUUCCAUCUUCCACGGACAAGCCAUGGGCUGCUCCCCGAGAAAGGAGGAGGAAACGAGCUCCGAAGGAGGCGGCGGGCCCGCUAGGCCUGCGACACCUACGGCCCUCACCGCAGACCCGCCGCCGCCAUGCUUUUCCUCGCGUGCUCGUGGCACACUGUCAGUAGCCCAUCUGUCGGGACUCAGGUCCGUGAUCAAUAAAGCGACAGCGAGCGAAGUCACACCAAGUACUUUCUGACCGUCGUACCAUGAAGCUAGACGUCAACUACACAUGAAAGGAAAGACCAUAAAUAUCGUGAGACGGAUAAGGUGCUAAAUAGCUACUUGACUGAAAAGGAGAUUGAAAAAAGGAAGACGGAGGAGGAUGAACACCCGGGUCCUCCGCACAGGGGGUGCAGCACAAGCUGCGCCGGGGAAGGUCAUGACAGGGCAGGCCCGCAUGAGGAAGCAAAGGCCCCAGCAGCUCACCUUGACACCCAAGUCACCUCGAAAGGAGAACAAACAAGACUGAAAGUUAGUAGAAGGCAAAACACAGUCCAUAGAGGAGAAACGAAUGAAAUGGAGAUGGCAGCAGCGCGUGCAGCCUCGGUGAACGCCAGGUUGCCUUCUGGAAAGACAGCCGUCAGCUCAGCUCCCAGGGCAGUGAGGGGACACCGUGAAGCAGGCCCAGCACGAGCAGAAGGGAUGCGCAGAAACGCGCCAGGGCACGGCUGCUAUGAAAAACCACCCGCCCGUCAGCCUGCCAGUCUCCAGAGCGCCGUGGUGUGCGGACACCGGGCCGGGCGGAAACAGGGUCAUCCACGAGGCCAAUCACGAGCACGGAUGUUGACGCGGUACUCACGGUGGCCCCCGCGCACAAGCCCGGAGCCAGAGGACUCGAGCAGGACACGCGGUCAGACCUUAGCGCGAGAGCGGAUGCCGCGGUCGAGGCCGCGCUCGUGCACGGUCCAGUCGCCACCCGAGAUGACAGGGGCGGAAACCCGCCUCAACAGCACACAGGCUGCUCACGGUGAGCCCCCAGCCAACGUGAUGCUUCGCAGCGAGAACGUCGCGCUUGCCCUCCACGAACACGGACGAGACAGGGCGCCGCUGUGAGCACCUGCGUGCAGCUGCGCAGUGAGGACCUCCGCGGGAGCAGCGCGCCCCCGGGAAGGACAGGGAGCGGAGAGGACCGGACGCCAUUAUGUGCAGGCCGUGGGGAGGAGCAGACAGACAAGCCCGAGGACGCGGGAAACGGCUGCGAGCAGCAGGAGAGGAAUCCGGCGCGGCGGCAGCUGACACCAGCACAACACGGCACCGGGCGCGUUUUCAUAGAAACGAGAACAAAAGCAAAUUAAGAAAAGCAAUUCCGUUCGGUCUUUCCAAAGAGAGCACCUAGGAACCACCCCAGCCAGGGGGGCGACGACCUUGUGAAGCGGGGUGGGGUCCCCGGGCAGCGUCAGGGACGCUGGGGAGGGUGGCGCGGCCCUGCCAGCUCCAGUGCCCCCGGGCCUCGCCCUUUCCUUUCAGGAACCAGAUCUGUACUUUCUCGAGUGAGUCUGCUGCUCUCUGCGCGCCUGAACAGUCUCCGAUUCCCUGUUCAUGGCUUCCGGGGCAAGAACCCGCGGCCUUUCCGGGGCGCAGCACGCACCUGCCUCAGGCGUCGCGCGCAGUGAUGACCAGAGGAGACGACGCUGGGCCACGCUCGGGGAUGCGAAGGAUCAGUACAACCCAAACGCUUCUGUCUAGAGCAAUAUACACCUUUCAGGACAUGCCCAUGACAGUAACAAUGUUCUUUAAGGAAACUGAACAUUAAAUUUAUACGAAACUAAAAGCAGUAGGUGAAUUUCAUGCAAUCCCCUGGACAUGAUUUUUUAAAGGAAUCGAAUAUAUACACUUAUAAUGAGCCAUAAAAACCCUUGAGUAGCUAAAGUAACCUUGAGGUAAAAA